CAAAGCCAUUGAAAAGGUGCCAAAAAGUGCCCGAAAAGCGCGACCGAAGAACGGGAAGCUUCAUGAGAUACCAAGAUGCCUUACACUGAGAGCUACAUCAAAGAAAAGCUUACAAGCGGACUCGAGGCAUUGCAUGUGGAAGUGCUCGACGAGUCGGACGGCUGCGGCGGCAAGUUCUCCGUGGUGGUCGUCUCCAAGCAGUUUGAGGGCAAGCCACUGCUGGCGCGCCACAGGCUCGUCAACUCACUACUGAGCAAAGAGCUGAAGGAGAUCCACGCGUUCUCGCAGAAGACACUGACGCCGGAUCAGUGGGAGCAGCGGCGGCAGCAGCAGGAGAAGCAGUAGGUAGCAGCAGCGGCAGCGACAGCAGU